AUGUCUCUCUCUCUCUCUCUCUCUCUCUCUCUCUCUCUCUCUCUCUCAGUCAUUAUUUUACCCUGCUCCCCACUUUUCUGUACUCUCCUCCUCUUCGUGCUCUCCUCCGCUUUGUGCUCUCUCUCUCUCUCUGCUCUCAUCCACUCCCACUUCACUGUCUCUCUCUCUCUCUGCUCUCAUCCACUCCCUCUUCACUGUCUCUCUCUCUCUCUGCUCUCAUCCACUCCCUCUUCACUGUCUCUCUCUCUCUGCUCUCAUCCACUCCCUCUUCACUGUCUCUCUCUCUCUCUGCUCUCAUCCACUCCCUCUUCAAUGUCUCUCUCUCUCUCUCUCUGCUCUAAACCACUUCCUCUUCGAUGUUUCUGUCUCUCUCUGCUCGCAUCCACUCCUUCUUCACUGUCACUCUCUCUUUCUCUGCUUUCUCCCCACACUCUCACCAUCCUCUUUCUCUUUGCUCUAUCUCCAUCUCAUUCUGAGACAUUAAACACUUCUAUCUACCCUUCUUUCUUUUUCUCUCUCCCUUCCUCACUCCUUCCUUCUCUUUCUUUCUCUCUUCUUACGUCUCUCUCUUUCUCUUUCUUUCUCUCUUCUUACGUCUCUCUCUUUCUCUUUCUUUCUCUCUCUUUCUCUUUCUUUCUCUCUCUUUCUCUUUCUUUCUCUCUUUCUCCUCUUUCUCUCUCCUCCCUCACUCUCUCUCCCUUUCUCUCUCCUUCUCUUUCUUUCUUUCUUUCUUCCUUUCUCCCUAUCUAUCUCACUGAAACCAAAUAG